UUAAUUUAGUCCCAACGAAAUAAUAGUGUAUAUUUUGUAGUGAAACAACAGCUGGAAAAUGCCGAAGCCGCCAUGCACGGGCGUCCUGAAACCGGUGCCCAUUUACCAAAAGCUUAUGGUCGAGAACCUGACUAUCGUUCGUCCCCCGAUCCUAAAGAUCUACUACUGGGAAAGCUUCGACAUUUCGGGAUGGAACAAGAAACUAAAGUCGAACCGUCAGGAGCAUGAGCACACAAUUGAAUUUCCCACACGACACAUCGAGAGCCCGCCCCAGAAGAUCCUCUUCUGGCUGCGUAAUCUCUCCUCAAAGCCCAUGACUCUGACGCUUAAGCGCAUACAGAAUUGCUGCUGCAAGCCCGUGCAGACGCGCGUGGGGUUCAACCAGUUCCGGAAGCUCUUCCACUGUCGACACCGCAAAAUGCUGCACCUCCAACAGGAGGUGCUGACCAUCAAACCCGACGAGGUGGUGGCCCUAUCAGUCACGGCGUAUUUUCAGAUAUACGGAGAGCAUUUGCUCACCUACGAGGUCCACACUGAUGACAAUCGCAAAUUCAUGUGGCACUUUCACCUGCACGUCUCGGAGUUGAAUCCGGAAAAGUGUUUGCUGACCAAGGAACUGUUGCCUGUGAAUAUCAAAAACUACUACCACAUCACACAACCCAUUUGGGUGCAGAACUUUACCAAUCUGCACCUCAACUUCUCGUUUUCCACGCGAGACCGCAGCCUAAAGCUGCUCAACACGAACCUCACGGUGCCCCGCCAGAGUGUGUGGCCCCUCCUGGUGGACUAUCGCCCCAUGGACUAUGAGAAUGAGGUGGAAGUCCUGCUCGGAAAUGAGAGUGCCACGGCCUGGUACAAGAUCAAGGGCCGCGGAGUCCUGGUCGAUGAGGAGGAGGAGACGGACAUGCCGCUAAAGGAUCACGAAUGCGCCGACUUUCUCUACGUUAUAUAUCCCAAUCGAGUGGUCUUUGAGGUCUGCAUGAAGGAGGAUCGCACGCAGCUGGUGAAUGUCCACAACUUCGGGCAGAAGUGCGUCGAAUUCCGAUGGCAAAACUACAUGAUCAGUGAAUUCUUUUCAGUGUCCUUCACUCCGCCCUUAUUCAGCCUCAAGGGCCACCACUCGAAGCUGGUGGAGGUGAAGGUCACGGCCUACGAUCGUCUGGUGAACUUUCGCCGCAUUCCCAUCGUCCUGGAGGUGCACCGCAACCUCGAUCAGGCCACGCUGAUAGCCAAGCGGGAGCUGGACGAGAUCGAGUCCAUAGAUGAUCCCAAGUGGAAGGAGGAUAGCUAUAUAACGCAUGUUUAUCUUCAUCUCAACAUCCGCUCCACCCACAAGAGUACUCAGGAGGCGGCGGGCGAAAACGACGAGGCGACGGACACUGCAGCCGAGCGCUCGCCCUGCGGUGGUGGGGGAAUUGAGAUUACCGCCGGGGCAGGAGGCGACGGCCCUGCCACUGAGGAGCAGCGCAAGGAGACGGAGCGUCGGGAGCUGAUCAAGCGUCUGGCCGCCAAGCAGAAGCUCACCUCCAACGAGAUCAUCGAGCUGACGAUGGCGAUCGACAACCGCAACACCAUCUUCGAGAAGCUCUUCUGGAAGUACCUCUGCAAGUCAAACUUCAUGCGCAUCCUCCCCGACCGCAAGCGCCACAAGCACACCAAGACCUACGACGAGGUGGUGUCCGUCAGAGCUGAUUCUCAGCCAGAGCAUGGCGUCGACGCUGAUCGCAACACCAUCAUGGAGAUUCUCUCACGGCUCAUGCAGGAAUCCAUCAAUGAUUUGGCCAGGAACUGGGUCUUCAUUCCCUCGCAGUACUACGAGCGCAAUCUUUAAGUGUUUUCAUUUGUUCUAUAAACGCAUUGCAUAAGUAUUU